GAAGCGUAUGUACUAAAUUCAUAAACGCUGAAAAGCAGAAAAAUCUAUGUGUAAGUUACGGUAUUUGUGAUAAAUUCAGAAAUUAUUCAUAUUGAUCGUUAUCACCCUUAUACAUAAUAACCUUUUUAAUUGAUCAUAUUCCCCGUACCUUAUACAUAAAUAAUUUAAUAUAUGUUUCUAAUUUGCAAAAUACAAACAUUUAAAAAGAGUCGUACUCCUGUUUUAAAAACAUUGCACAACCAGAUAAUAGAAUCGACAACCACGAUAUAAACAUUUAUUGUGAAACAGAAGGAAAUCCAAGAGAAAAAACUGCUUUUUAUUGUAAAUGAAGAAUUACUAGCGAGAUAUUUAUAGGUAGCUUGCAGAAUAAAACUUUGACAUGUUGGUUCUACUCAUUAUUUCAGUCAUUUAUACUUCGUUGUCGAACUUUCACGUAAGUCUUAAAGAAGUUAUUGCAUUUCAAUAUUAAACGAAAACUUUGUUUGUCGUCCAUUUUAUUUUAAAUAAAAAACUUUUUUCAGUAUUUAAGUUAUGGAAAGACAAGUUUGUAGGGUGAAAAAGAAUGACGCAAAUCAAAAAAGGUUAUCUCAUAACAACAUAGCGAGUGAUAACCUGCAGUGAAAAUUUUAUUUAGAGAAAAAGGAAUCAUUGCAAAUCGAACGAAAUAGAACGAUCAUCAAGUGCAGACAUGCUUUAGCGAAGAAAAACACGAAAAACAUUCAUUUUAAUAUGACAAAGUAGAGCAUUACCAUUACAGUUAUGUUUUACAGAAAUUCCUUUAUCUCUUUCAUCACUAUUGUAUGUUAUCAUACUACACAUGCACUUGACGAAAUUAAAUUGGGCUACUUAGUCACAAUAAACAGUUCAAGUUACGCUGCCAACCGCUACAUGGGUGCCAUAACACGUGUUAUUCACGAUAUUAAAAACACUCCAAACUUUUUAGACAACACAACAAUAACAUUUCUACAUGCAGAUGCACCUUGUGUUGACCAUAACGGUGCAAAAGGAACGAUUGAUUUGUAUGACAAAGGCAUAUCGACCUACAUUGGACCACUUUGUUCAAAACAGUGCAUCACUGGUGGUGAAAUAGCGACGUGUAAAAAGAUACCUAUGAUUUCUUUCGGAUGUUCAUCAAUCCAUCUAUCCAAUAAAACGAGAUUUCCUUUCUUUUCAAGAGUAAAUUCAUACGCCAGAAGUAGUAAGAUAUGGACGCCAAAGGCAUUUAUUGCCAUUAUGGAGAAAUAUAAUUGGAAGUAUGCGUGUAUUAUUGAACGUACACAUGAAAUAUAUACACCCCUUGGACAAGCUACUGUGAAAGCUUUCAGACAGAAUAAUUUCACUAUAGGGGAGAGACGUACCUACCAUGUAUAUUCAACGGUAACAGAUAUGAAGAAGAUCAUGAAAGAGAUGAGUAUAAAGUGCAGAGUGUUCCUAUUUAUAACACGUCCUCAAGAUGUGACACAAUUUCUCCUGCAAGCAUAUGAUCUUGGCUUGAUUAACAAAAACUACGCCUUCAUAACUAUGGAUUACGCUUUACCGAAAUCACAUAGAAAUGAAAGAGAUCACUUGUAUAAGAACGUCCUACAAGGCCUCAUAACUGUAAGUGCCACAAGUCCAGAUACUUCGACACAAAAAUAUAAAAAUUUCCAAGAAGAUUGCCGAAGAAGAGUGAAACUUUCUCCUUUUCUUGAUGUCAAACUGAAAAACGAUACAUCGAUUUUAUCGAUAGCUGCAUAUCUUUAUGACGCAACAAUGGUAUAUGCAUUAGCUGUUGACAGAAUGGUGAAGGAUGGUAAAAUAGAUAGAAACUACAUCGAUUCAAAACUUCUGUUUCAGUAUAUCAAAAACAUCUCAUUUGAAGGUAUGUCUGGCCACGUGCAGAUGGAUCAAAAUGGUGACAGAAUCCCCUCAUUUCAAAUCAUCAACAUCAAUAAUGAACGUGUUGUUAUAGCGACGUACAAUCCACUUUACAACAAGUCGAUUGUUUUAAAUCGAAAAACUGUAAUCCGCUUUCCGGGUGGCUCUAAAAAUCCACCGCUAGAUAUGCCCACGUGUGGAUUUUAUGAAGAAAAAUGCGAAAGUAACACCAAGAGUUACUUAUGGUUAAUGAUCGUACCAAUUCUGCUGUUAAUGCUGCCUAUGCUGGCAAUAUUUGUUCGUAGGAAAAGAAAGUUAGAGUACGAAUUCUUGAGCAAUGAUUUGGUCAUAAACAUGAAUGAUAUUGUAUUUCCUAAAAAUAACGAUGGGGUUGAAAAAGAUCUAUUUGGUAAACUUUCCCAAUCCAAUGAAGGUACUCAUAACGGAACAAAAACUAACAGCUAUGCAGUCUACAAAAGUCGAAAGAUAGAAUUAAAAACGUUGCAUCAUUACAAAAUCGAAUUGACAAGAGAUGUUCUGAUCAAAAUGAGACGUCUAAAAGACAUAAAUCAUAGUAACGUCGAUGCAUUCAUUGGAGUUAUUAAACAAACAGAUGGCUUGCAUUUCGUCUGGUCGCACAGUUCUAAGGGUUGCUUACAGCAAGUGUUACAAAACGAUGUUAGCAUAGACAGAAUGUUUCAAUUGUCAUUUGCAGACGAUAUUGCAAAGGGAUUAGCAUCAAUCCAUAGAAGUCCAAUCGAAUUUCAUGGUAAUCUGUCAUCAUUGACAUGUGUGAUCGACCACAAAUGGGUCUGCAAACUGACAGAUUUUGGGAUUUUUCAUUUCAUGCCGGAUCUGGAGGCCAAUUAUCAUGAUUCUUUUAAAAAGUGUGAUUCCGGAAAAAAAGAACAACUAUGGUGGGCACCUGAAGUACUGCGUGAUAAAAGAUUCCGUAGACGUGAGUCUGACAUAUACAGUUUUGGUAUGAUCUUGUAUGAAAUUUUUACUAGACAGUAUCCAUACAAGAAUGAAAUGGACAAAGAAGGAAAAAGGGUAAAAGAUAUUACCAAAGAAGUAAUGUUUAAUAAUCGACGUCCAAAAUUUCACAACGAAGAUGACCCACCUAUUUUUAUAAGAAGCUUAAUUGAACAAUGUUGGGAGGAUAAUCCAAUCGCAAGACCAACCUUAAAAGAGAUCACCAAAGCUAUUCGAAUGUUAAACAGAGAUCAUUACUCAAGUGAAAGCUUGGUGGAUCAUAUGCUGCAAAUGAUGGAAAAAUACACUGAAAAUCUAGAAGAGACAGUAGCACUUCGAACGAAACAGUUGGAAGAAGAAAAACGGAAAACAGAAACCUUGCUUUAUAAAAUGCUACCAAGAUCUGUGGCAGCAAAAUUGAAAGAGGGUCAAGAAGUGGUAGCAGAGUAUUUUGAAUCAGUGACCAUCUUCUUUUCUGAUAUUGUUGGCUUCACAUCGUUAUGUGCAGAUAGUACACCAUUAGAAGUUGUAGAAAUGUUGAAUGAUUUGUACAGUUGUUUUGAUCAGUGUGUGGAUGCUCACGAUGUUUAUAAAGUGGAAACAAUAGGAGAUGCAUAUAUGGUUGCUUCUGGACUACCGUUACGUAAUGGAAUCAGACAUGCUGGAGAAAUUGCAACAUUGUCGUUAGAUCUAUUAAAAUUUGUUGAAACGUUUAAGAUAAAGCACAGACCGGAAAUGAAGAUCCGAAUGAGAACAGGAAUACAUACGGGACCAUGCGUAGCAGGCGUAAUUGGACUGAAAAGACCACGAUAUGAUUUAUUCGGUGACACAGUUAAUUAUGCAUCCCGAAUGGAAUCAAACGGGAUACCGGGUCGUGUUCAUGUUAGUCCUGAAUGUAAGCAACUUCUUGAUGAAUUAGGAGGUUACUUGUUAGAAGAGAGAGGUGUAGUCAGUAUGAAGGGAAAAGGAGAUAUCAAAACAUUCUUUCUCAAUAAAAAAGAAAUGAGUUGUAAUCAACCGUCAGACAACCUGUUAACAUGCAGUGUCCGUUAUAUGAUCGUUACGUGAUUCGAGCAGGGUUUUUUGUUAUUGAAGUAUAUCCAUAGAAGGGGCUAGUGAAGGUGAUGCUUUAGAAAUGGCAAUAUACGCAAUUGUCUCAACUUUUUUUGAUAUGUGAAAGGUAACAAUCAACACAAAGAUGAUAUCUCCUGCGGACGUUGUCACUACAGUUUGAACGUGAGAAACAUCGAAAAUAUGAUUUGCAACAAAUACAGACCAGUUGGACCAGUGCGUAAAAAUGUGUCUGAUGGACAAAAAGAAAAAAAGAAGCCAGGGAAGCUGUGCAUCGAAUUAGUUAACUAGCCUACCAUUAAAUAACAUCGGAUAUGGCUCAAAUAAAGAACAGUUUCAGGAUGCAUUACGGUAUAGAUACAACUGAGCCAUUCCAAGACUAAAGCUGAAUGUGUAUGUGGUAACAAAUUUAAUAUUGUAUUCUGAUCCUCUUGUGGAAACAAGGAAGCUUCGUCACACUACGCCACAACGAAUUAGAAUCUUUUAAAAGAAGUGUGCCGAAAUUUGGGAAGAGUAAUUAAAAUGUACAAUUACUACAACCAAUGGCGAAUAGACAAGAGACACUUCUGGUCAUAAGCAUAGCAGGAUUUUGGAAUAUUGAGUAUUUAUCAGAACGACAAAAGAUACAGGGGUUUGGAACUUUAAGAAAUGUUUUUUAAAGAGAAACAAGGACGAAAAUAAACUUUCUUACAACAGACAAUAAUUUAUAAGUGAAAAUUAUUGUAUUAUCUCCUUUUUGUUAUUGCGAUUGACAUUAAUUAUAUUACUUGUAUACGAGUACCCUGAUCUUUCAUAAAAGAUCAUGAUUGAACAAGCAUGUGGAGGUUACUAACAUUUGACAACUUGACUAAAAGUGUGUUUAUAUCAUAUGUGUGUUAGUUCGUUUGAUUAUGCCACUUCAAUAGUUUAAAUAUAAAAAGUUGUUGUAAGAAGAAAAGAGAAAAAGAGAACGAAAUUUUAUUGUAGUAAAUAUAGCGAUAAUGACAUGGUCAAUGUAAAAAAGGCUGAUAAAAAAAUUUAUUUGUAAAACAGUGGAAUCUCUCUUGGUGGACGUGGUCUUAAGCGGACACCUCUAUAUUUCUUUCUCACAAGAAAAUCUCUAUAAGACGGACAAUUAUAAGGCGGACACUUUAUAAAAGGGACACUUUUUUGCACCAAAUAACAUUUUCCCUUAGAAAAGCUUUGUGUAAAGCAGACACAUAAAAAUACUUAAAUGUCAUCAGUUACGAAAAAAUCUUUAAAUAUCAAAAAGUAAGCAAACUUCAAUCCGAGAUUUCUUUGAGUAGAUUAUAAAACACAAUGUAUUUGUUAGUUAAUAUUUGUUUUUGUCUAUAUAACAGUAGAGCGUAUGAAUAAUACAAGUGUCUCAUUUCCUUGAUUUAAAAGUAAUAGAACAAAGAAAAAACGCAUA